CGAACAUUCCUAUAUAACACUCGAGGACGGAAGAUUCCACAGCCUCGAAUAUCUUGAGUCCUGUCUUCUUUCCGUUUCUUGUUUCCUAGUAAGUGACCUGUCUACUCCCCACCAUCCGACCACACCCAGCACAAUGAGCGCCCAACGACGACUCGACGCCAUCUCGGGCCAACUGUCCUCCACAUCCGCCACCACCCAAUCUCCAGGCCUGCAGAAAAUCCUCGAGAAGAACCCCGACGACAUCGUCAUCACAUGUGCCACGCGCACGCCGCUCACAAAGGCCCGAAAGGGCGGGUUCAAGGACACCCCGACCGACGAGCUGCUGAUCCAUGUCCUCAAGGCCAUCAAGGACAAGUCCGGCAUCAACCCCGACCUCGUCGAGGAUGUCUGUGUGGGGAACGUCCUCCAGCCCGCCCCGGGCUUCGUUGCCAGAAGCGCCGUUCUCGCGGCAGGAUUCCCCGUCACCACGGCCACGAGCGUCGCCUCCAGGUUCUGCUCGUCGGGCCUGUUGAGCAUCCAGACCCUCGCCAGCUCCAUCGCCAUCGAUGUGAUUGACGUCGGCAUCGCCGUCGGGCUCGAGAGCAUGUCCUCCAACAGAGACGCCCCGCCUCCCAUGAGCGAGACCAUCAUGUCCCACCCGAUCGCCAAGGACAAUGUUGAGCCCAUGGGCUGGACGUCGGAGAACGUGGCCCGCGACUUCCACAUCACCCGGGAGAUGCAGGACAAGUUCGCCGAGAUGUCGCACAACCGCGCCGAGAGGGCGCAGAAGGAAGGCUGGACCAAGGACGAGAUCUCGCCCGUCACGACCAAGUGGAUCGACCCCAAGACCAAGGAGGCGAAGACGGUCACCGUGGACAAGGACGACGGCAUCCGACCGGGCACCACGUACGAGGGCUUAGCCAAGAUCCGCUCCGCCUUCCCGCAAUGGGGGCCGACUACUACGGGAGGCAAUGCGUCCCAAGUCACCGACGGCGCCGCGGCCGUGCUGAUGAUGAAGCGGUCGACGGCCCAGCGGCUGGGCCAGCCCAUUAUCGGGAAGUACGUCAAGAGCACCGUCGUCGGGCUGGAGCCACGCAUCAUGGGCAUCGGCCCGAGUCUGGCCAUCCCCAAGAUCCUGAAGAAGACCGGCCUGACCAAGGACGACGUGGACCUCUUUGAGAUUAACGAGGCGUUCGCUUCGAUGUACGUUUACUGUGUCAAUGAACUCGGCCUGGACAUCGACAAGGUCAAUGUCCGGGGUGGUGCCAUUGCUAUCGGCCACCCCUUGGGCGCCACCGGGACCCGACAAGUGGUGACGCUGCUUUCCGAGCUGAAGCGGCGGAAGCAAAAGGUCGGUGUCACGAGUAUGUGCGUGGGCACGGGCAUGGGCAUGGCCGGUGUCUUUGUCUCGGAAGCAUAGUUAGUUAGAUGGUCCCGUUUUAAUAGGCGCUGGCGAAGAGAAUGGCUAUACAAAGUGGAUCUCGGACCCAUGAAUCCAUCCCAAAGCUCGCAAUCAGGCUGUCAUGACGGGUUCGCUUGCCACACGAAUCGUGAUUCGCAUUUCACAGACCUUGCAGAAACGCCAAUGUCCGGUUAAGAACGUGGUCACAAUACCCCAUUGAUAUUGGGAAGGCUGGGGGUGCCAUUAUGCGUGUGAAUAGUUGGGACUGCAGGCCUGGCUAUGAAGCAGAGCGCUAACGAAGGAU